AUGCGCAUGCGCUCUCCCUCAUUCACGCUAUCAUACCCAAUAAGGUGUCACGUAGAGUACCACGUUAGAACAACUCCCGCUUCAAACCCCGCCUUUCUCACCCCUCCGCCUCCGCUCUUCCUUUGGCUGUGUCAAGUGGCGGCUACCAACGUGGAGAGCGGAAACCACCGUUCUCCUCCAUCGAACAGACUCUGCCGCGUGAGUUUAAAAAGAAAAAAGAAAGGCAGUGCGUAGGCAGCGACGGUUUAGGACUGUACCAUCUGCCUCCUGUGAGAGAAACGGGAGUGACUGGGGGCUGGACAUAUAUAAGGCGCACGUGAGGCUGCUGGGUGGUGUUGAAUUCUCACCUGUAAAAAGAUCACCACACGCCCUCCCUUUUUUCUUUUGCUCGCCCCCCCUACGGGUUGAAGACACCCAACCGUCCUCCCGACUGAGAGAGCGUGAGGCGCGAGGAAGACGCGUCCAGUCACUCCCAACCGGUUUGAACCGGAGCGCGAGGAGGAGCUGUUUCUGCUGCCAGCGUCAUGGCCGAGACUGAGGAGAGGAGCUUGGACGACUUUUUCGCUAAGCGGGACAAAAAGAAACGGAAAGAGAAAAUCAGCCGGGGAGGUGCCACUGCAGCGGCUGCUUCCUCGGCUGCCUCUUCCAACACUCCUGUAGCUAGUGGAGGUGGGGGAACCCGACAAGCUGAAGGGGGCUCUGGGGCGGCCUCUAAUAACAACGCCGCCGCUGUCGCGAAGGCGGCGCAUAAGGAAGAGGAUGAUUGGAAGGAAUUUGAGCAGGAAGAAAUAAUUGACUACAGUGGUCUCAGAGUUCAGUCCAUGCAAAUUAGUGAAAAAGAUGAUGAAGAAGGUGAAAAGAGAGAAGAACCAAGGGAUAAUAGUGAAGAACAAGGUGGGGGUGCGGAUAAGACUUCAGGUCCUUGGAAUAGAUCUGCUCCUACGCAAACACCUGUUGCUGAAACUAUUGAAAGCCCGGAGCCAGUCCAGUCCAGUGGGGUAUAUAGGCCACCUGGUGCAAGAGAAAGUAGGACACGGAAAGUGCCACAAGGACCCCCAGAGAUCUAUAGUGAUACACAAUUUCCAUCAUUGCAAUCCACUGCCAAGCAUGUAGAUACUAGAAAGGAUAAAGAAAUGGAGAAGAGCUUUGAAGUAGUAAAACACAAAAAUAGAGGUAGGGAUGAGGUUUCAAAAACCCAGGCAACUAAACUUCAGCUAGACAACCAAUAUGCUGUGCUUGGGGAUCAGUAAAGAUGCACACACAUUACAAUUAAGGAAUGGUUAUUUGAUACCCUUCCAGUCUAAGGUAACUAAACUACACCUAUUAUGAACAUGUCGUCUUAUAUCUGCUGGAUCUACUGCAACAAGUGCAGACCUCUUUGACGUAAGUGAUUGGCUCUUCUGCACUAUGGAAGUUUGCUUAAUUUGGUACACCUGACUCUUCUUUGGAUAUGAGGGAAAUUAAUGUAAGUGGUCGAACAAGAAUCCCCAGUGUUUUGAUUACUCUGCAAAGGUAUCUGCAGCCAGUGGUUAUUUCACAUUUUUUUAUGUUCAGAUACUGAGCCUUCGUAAGGGUUGACUACCUCAGACUUGCUGCACUCAUUGUGGACACCAUGUGGAUCACAACUUCUGGAAAAGGUUACAACUCCUUAGUGGCCAUCUGAAACGCGAAACCAGCUCUACUGGAUUCCUCUCAGAAAUCCUGCAGAAGUCAGCCAUCUGGGUUCUGAUUUAUUAUAAAUGACAAAUUUAAGUGACCUUAAAUGAGCAAUUUGUCCUGUGCCCCCAUUUAUUACAUCCUUACAUAUGUAGCCAUAAUUUACUAGGAACCUCUAGUGUAUACCACUUUCAAAAAUAUGCAGUGUAAUGCUAAGCUGUUUGUUUUGUUUUGUUUUUCAAUUUAGGUUUCCAGAAAAUAAAUGCACAUCCAAAUAGAAAACUUAGGAACACUAGUCUGCGUAUAUUAACUGGUUUCAUCUAUGUAAUCUCUUUAUUUUAAAAAUGCCUGUUCUGGCUACAGAAAUCACAAUAUAGUCAAGUAGCAGCAUGGAAUAUGCAGACUAUCCAUACUUUUUCUUUUAUUGAGUUUCAAGUGACUAGGAUUUCUGUAGAAUUGCAUUCAAUGGCCAACAAAUGUGUAGGCUCCCCUAGUAUGUGGAGUUUAUCUUUUGGGAAAACUUAAGCUGUAUACUUAACCUUAAAAAUGUAUUGUGGCAAGUAUCAGCUGUUGGUCGCACACACUUGUAUUUGCAGGAUGGAAGUAAUUAUAUGUCUAGUGGCAAAUGUCCUUUGUGGUUUCUUACUGGUUGAAAUUUGGAAAUAUUCUGGAAAUACGUUUACAACAUUUUUUGUCUGCUGCCCAAAGUUUUAGUGACAACUUCAGUCAAAUGUUGAUCUUCUGAACAGCUAUAUGACAUUUGGAGAGAUACUAGUAUAAUACUUCUAUGCUAAGAUUUGUGCAUUGCUGUAUUACAUGACACUGACAGAUAAUAGAACUCAACUAACUCCCAAAGAGGUUCCUAGGGUACAGAAGAUAAUCCUACCUAAAUUUCCUUAAAUACAUGUUGUUGAUGUGGCUGGUGCUGAUGUGUCUUUCCAAGAGUCCAGCUUCUUUCUGGACUCUUGAGCAGGAAUUCAGACCUUACAAAAACACACUGCUUUGUGAGAUGGGUAGGUAAAAUGCAUCCAUAGGAAACAAGUUUAGUUACGGCUUUAUAAACAUGGGAUGACUUUGCAAUAGACAACUGCCUAUGAUGUGAAAUCAUUGAUUUACUGAGGAACAAACUUCUUCUAUGCUUAGAAUGGCACUGCUUUUGUUCUCAAGUGAUUGCUUGACAUAAUUGAGAGAGAAAGCUACUAAAUAGUUGCCUUUUAUAUAGAUGUAAAGCCAAGCCACUGGAUCCCCAGAUCAGGGAAAGUAAACCUACAGCAGACACUAUUGAGUUGUGUAUCUUUCCUGAAAAUGUAUUUCUUUGCCAACAAAAUUUUUGCAGGGUAUUAAAGCUAAAGAACUAAGAUUAUGUGGAUUUGUAUGUCACUUAAUGGCAUAGCAGAAACUUAAAAUUUUAAAUUCCAACUUUGGCAUUUUAUGAAGGUUGUUACUGCACAUGAAUCAAGUUUUAGUAUGCUGUAUGUUAGAGUAGAUGAAGCUGUCCUUUGUAUCUUGAGUUCUUGGGCAUGGUUGACAGAGCAAGAUAACAUUGUAACAUUAAUAAAUACAACAAAUGGCAAUGUACACGGCUUCUGGAGUCUAACAAAUCUGUACAUUUAGUUAUGCUAUGCGUCUUAAACUAAGUAUGGCAAAGCUGAUAUAUGAUCAUGAAGUUGACACUUGAGGCUGAAAUCUUGUGCACAUUACAUGGAAGUAAGUCCCAUUGAAUUCAGUGGGGCUUAUUUCUAAGUAGAUGUUCACAGAAUUGGACUUUGAAUCAGCUGUUCAUUGUUGCUAGUGAUGUGUGAUCUUCAGUUAGCUUUAUGUCUGAUUACUGCCUACCUCACCUUAUGCUACCACUAACAAAGACCACAGAAUAAUCUGAAGUGGCAAGUAAACUGAUUUCUUGCUGCUGGUGAGGAAGCAACACUGCUAAGGUUUGCAAUCAGUUGUUUGUACUUAACCAAAACGUCUUGUGUGCUCAUCCCAAUUCGAUAGUCUUUUGGAGCCUUACAUCGGGUAGACAUUGUGGUGCCCUCCAGAUGUUCGUUGGACUACAGUUCCCAUCAUCCUUGACCAUAGGCCAUGCUGGCUGGGGCUGAUGGGAGUUACAGUCCAACAUCUGGAGGUCACCAUAUUGGUUGCACCUGCCAUUGAUUCUGAAGCCUCAAAGAUAUUUUUUUCACAUAAUAGGAUUUUGGUGGCCUAGUUCACAAGCCACAUUAAACCAUAAUGCACAAUGCUGACAUGUUCUUGGUCCACUUCUCCCCCCAUUCCUGUUUCUGCACUGCUGGGGAGUAGGUCAGAUUUUGGUUUCUCAUGAUCUCUUAAUUCAGGGUUGUGAUUUGUUUCUCUCCUAAUGAUGAACAGGGCUUGAUUAGGGAAAACAAACCACAAGCCCCUGUUCAGGCAUGUUGACAAGUCAAGUUCUGGCUUGUUUCCUGGCAGUGUGGCAACAGUGCAAGGGGGAAGUGUGUUCACCUUAAGCCAUGGUUUGUUUUUAACCGGUUUAAUAUGAUGUGUAAACCAGGCCACUGAAACAUUAAGGUAGUGAAUUGUCUAAAUCACAAAUGUUUUCAAAAACACAAGAUACAGCUUGAAAAAGCAUGGCAUACAGUUCUUUUUAUACUGCUGAGUUGUCGCUCUUAGGACUAAAUGUAGUCCUACUUACUUGGUAGGUUGAUGUGUGUAGUGGUGGUCUGUCACUAACUUUAACACUGUGUGAAGUUUCUGGAUCUUAAUGUGUGCCUAACUACUUUACCCAUGUGAUAGGAUACAUCCUGUUAUAGAACUGCAUUGCAGCUUAUGAUCCAUAGGCUGACAGGAAAGGGAGAAGACUAUCUUAAGUUCAUCUAGAGUGCAAGUCAGUAAGGGUUCAUGUUGGACAUCUGUUUUCCAGUUCAUUAUUGGUAAACUUUUGUGGUAAAGUUUUAGCUAUUAGAAAAUAGGGCUAGAUUCUUCAUGCUUUCUAGCAGCCACUCUGAAUUUCAGAAGAAUUCUGAUAAAGAAUCUCUCUGCCCCUGGAAUCAAAGCUGGCCUACCACAGUCUGUUCUGGAUUUGUGUUUGUUAGCUACUUAUUCUAUGAAUGGAUGUAAGACUGAAUUUUGACAGAAUAUGCACCAGACUUGUAAUUGGUAAUAAAAUUUUACCUGUAAGACUGCAUUUUUGACACUUUAUAAUGUCCGUGACAUCAUGUUCAAAACAGGCAUAAUAGUUGUAACCUAUACUUUAGUAAAGCACUUGAAAGCCAACUUCAGAUAAAUUUAAGGGCCAAAUAAGCCAGGCUUAAAUAAAAUAAGUUUUUAAUCUAGAGUUGUGAUAGCAUAACAAGGAGUUAGUGUUGAUGAUAGAGCUUGUUUUGGAACAGCCUUUUUAUUCCAAACAUGGUUGGAUCAUUUUUAAUGCAUCUGUGAUGUCGUAAAGAUCCUAUGGAGUGGGUGUUCAUUCCAUAGAAGCAUUAGGAGUGCCUGGGAGCCUUUGCAUCACUUUCAGAGGCUUCUUCUGUACAAAUGCUAUAUUGUUGUUGCAGUACAAGCUGUAUGCAGAUGUGGCUCUAACAGCACCUACACAUAUGUGGGAUUGUGAGUGCAUCACACUGCUGAUGCUUCUACCUGUAUAUCAGGAGUCUCAUUUGCAUAGGAGCUUAGGUACAUAUUGAUGAACCUGAAUAGGCCUACACAGCACAAUUUUUACUCCAAGGAUUUGGAAGUAUUGGGUUCUACAUGCAUAGCUUUCUAUUCAAAUUUGAGAUCCAGUAUGUUAGCAUCAGAUGAACAGGAUAAUUCCUGAGCCUACCACCCUCACCAUUUGGGCUCUAUAGUUAAAGCCAUGUCUGCACAAACAGUGUCUUCUGUAUACUCUUCAUACUUGACUUCAUUGGGACCUGUAUGUGGAAAUGUUUAGUACUGAGGCCUUAGAGUGCUGUUAGGAUCCCUGAUAAUCCAUGUUAUAUCUGAAGUGUGGGCUGCUGAAAGUAAUGUUAGAAGAUUGAAACAGCAUUAUUUUGGAUAAAAUGCCUACACCUAAAUAACUAUAGAGACAGAACCAAUAGAUCACAAAACUGUUUUUAAGGCAAGGUAGGCAAAAUUCCAACUGCAAAAAUAUAUGCCAUGUUAAAAAGGCUUUUUUGUAUGCAGGUUUACUAGCUAAAAAGCCAACAUUAUGAAAGUUGAUAGUAAACAUUAAAUGAAACUUUCCUGGGGAGUAAAAGUAAAAGAUUCAAAAGCUAAAAGAAUUCUAUGCUGGAAAGCAGUAUACUCAUCAUAGAUACCUACAUAAGAAAAAGUGCCCAUGUAUGAUUCACUUCUCUCUUAAGAGGUAAUCUUUUUGACAUAAAGCACUGAUGUAACUGGAACAAAACAGAUAAGAAAAAGAAGGUGCAGAAAGGUACUUCAGUUGCUCAAUGAGGACUGAGAAGGUUCUGAAGAGGUAAAUAAAAGGCCUUCCGUUGACCUAGCUAUUACAUUUGUUAAAAUUAACUCAAAUAUUAAGCACUAUUCUACAUAUUGCAUAGAAUGAGGUAGUAAAUUCUGGAUCAUACCAUUUCAGUUUGCAGAGAGGGUGACAUAUUUUUUAAUCAUCCUCCACAAACUCCCCAUAACUAGAAAACUUCACACAUAAAGGGAGAUUGUACACUAUGCUGGGCUUUGAUAUAUACCAUAUGAAGGAAGCUUUAAAUAGAAGAGAGCAUUUGAAAAGUGUACCCUACUUGCAAUCUAAACUUUAGAAUUCUAUCGCUUCUGUCUACCAAUUCAUUCUGCCAGAUCUGUAGAAUGGCUCCAUGUUAGAGAGGGAAGUAAUGAUAGGAAGAUAUAUUUUAGGAUGAUGUAUUAGCUUGGCAGUAUGAAUCUACAUAGCCUUCAUCUGUGAUGAGAUAAAUGAGGUUGCUAAAGUGAGAGAUCAGUUACCUCCGAAGUACCACUAAGAACUAAAAAAGUCACUUCCAUUAAAAUAUGAAAUACCACAAACUUUGCUGGUAUAUAGAUCACUUCCUUCUAUUUAAAAUGUUAACAUAUUAAUAUUUGGCAAAGGCAAGUCCAUGAAGUUGGAUGAAGAAAUCUGAUCCAAAACCAUUGCAAGGCUAACAGCAUAGUCUGUUCCAAGUGUGGCAUAGGAGUGAGUGGAAGUCUUGCUGCGCCUCAGUUUUCUAGGCUGUAAAGAGAAUGCUUCCCUACCUCACAGGGGUGUUGUGAGGUUGACUUCAUUGUAAAAUGCUUUUGAGUUUUCCUGAUGGAAGGUGCUAUAGAAGUGCAAGACAUAUAUAACUAAUCAGCUGACAUCUGAUGGCUGAUUCUGUUACCUUAUUCAACUUUUUCAUUGCAGUAUUUUGCUACUACUAUAGAAGGCUUCUCUACAAAACAUUAUUUAAAUGUAUGGAUCAUGUAACAAUGGACUUUGCAAGAAGGCAUGGUUGAGUUUUCAAUCUUUAUGCAUCCCUUUCUGGUUUUAUGUGAUUAACUGUGCAGAUCUGCAGAUCUAAUUGUAUUAACAAGGUUUUUGGGUUUUGCAUGGAAAUUACUUAAAAUCAAUUAUCAUUUUUUUGUAAACUCCCUGAACGAAAUAAACUUAUGUUCACACUGUUUAUUAUCCCUCUUGUAUGAUCUGCUGUUCUUAAGUGUAUAUUUAAAGCCAGAGCAGGGGAUCUGUGGCCCUCUAGAUGAUGCUGUGCUACAAUUCCAUCAUCCCUGAUUGUGCCCGGGCUGAUGGGAGUUGGAAUCCAUCAACAUUUGGAGGGCCACAGAUCCCCCAUGCCUGGUUUAAAAUCAAGAGCUAACCAUUGUCUGUAUGUGUUUUAAUAAGUCCCCCUACUAUAUGAACUAGUAACCUCUGAACAAUAAAAUAUAGUAUUCCACUUAAGUUUACAAAUAUAAGAGCUCUGCUAGAAAAGGUCCAUCUAGUACAGCAUCCUGUUCUCACAGCAGCUAGUUCGCUGCCCAUGGGAAGCCCAAAAGUAAUAGCACUCAGUAAGUGCCUGGGCUCCUGCGGGGAGGAAGGGUGGGAAAUAAAUCAAAUAAUUAAUUAAUACAUUUUCUUUUACUGAGGGUGUUUAAUAAUCAUGUCCAAACAAUACUACAACUUUAGCUAUAUGAAAUUUCAUUAUUAAACUAUCCAGCUUAAGUGCUUCAGUUCCAACAUUCUACCACUUGCUAGACAUGCAGAUAAAAAACUAUGUGAUGCAUGUGCUGCCUCUCUCUGAUCCAGCAGGUGACUGUUUGUACUGAAAGAUUUCUAAAAGCUAAAAUCUUGGGAAGCGGCUGAAUGUAGUCCUUUUCCUGUCUGCAAACCAGCUGUAUACUUGGUGGACUGAACUUGAAAGCACAGCAAUAGAAAUCAAGAGAAGGCAGUCUUAAACUGAAGUCCUUUAUGCACUUACCUAGGAGUAAAUUCCAUUGGAAUAAACAGGUUCCUUCUGAGUAGGCAUGCAUAGAAUUUCACUGUUCAACUUCCAUUUGUUUUUUUCCCCUUUUUUGAAAACUCCCAUUUAUGGUUAUUUCCUUUUUUAAAAGUGUAAUACUGCUUGAUACACCCAUUAAAAUGCUGAUUUGCAAGUAAA